AUGGCCGUGGCCGUGGCCCUGGCGGGGGCUGUGACCGGAACGGAGCUAGGCCCCGCGGAAGAACUCGCCAAACUCGAGUAUCUGUCUUUAGUGUCGAAAGUUUGCACCGAGCUGGACAAUCACUUGGGGAUCAACGACAAGGACCUGGCUGAAUUUGUGAUCAGUCUUGCUGAGAAAAAUACCACGUUUGAUACUUUUAAGGCUUCUCUGGUCAAAAAUGGUGCUGAAUUCACGGAUUCUCUUAUUAGUAACUUGCUACGCCUCAUACAAACCAUGCGGCCUCCAGCAAAGCCUUCUACUAGCAAAGAUCCAGUUGUUAAACCCAAAACUGGAAAGGAAAAGCUGAAGGAACUCUUCCCAGUGCUUUGUCAACCAGACAACCCUUCUGUCCGGACCAUGCUGGAUGAGGAUGAUGUGAAAGUCGCUGUGGAUGUCCUGAAAGAACUGGAGGCCUUAAUGCCCAGUGCAGCGGGCCAGGAGAAGCAAAGAGAUGCAGAGCACCGAGACAAGACAAAGAAGAAGAAGCGGAGCCGGAGCCGUGACCGUGACCGCGACCGCGAGCGUGACCGGGAGCGGGAGCGAGACCGUGAUAGAGACCACAAGAGGAGACACCGGUCCCGCUCUCGGUCACAUUCCAGGACCCGGGAGAGGAAUAAAGGGAAGUCUAGAUACCGGUCUAGGAGCAGAAGUCAGAGUCCCCCCAAAGACCGGAAGGACCGGGACAAGUAUGGGGAGAGGAAUCUGGACAGAUGGAGGGAUAAACACGUGGACCGCCCUCCCCCGGAGGAGCCUGCCAUUGGGGACAUUUACAAUGGCAAAGUUACCAGCAUCAUGCAGUUUGGAUGCUUCGUGCAGCUAGAGGGAUUAAGGAAGCGGUGGGAAGGCCUGGUGCACAUCUCUGAGCUCCGGCGAGAAGGCCGUGUGGCCAAUGUGGCUGAUGUGGUGAGCAAAGGCCAGAGGGUCAAAGUCAAAGUGCUAUCCUUCACUGGGACCAAGACCAGUCUGAGCAUGAAGGAUGUGGAUCAAGAGACUGGUGAAGAUCUAAAUCCCAAUCGACGACGAAAUCUUGUUGGGGAGACCAAUGAAGAGACUUCAAUGAGGAAUCCGGACAGACCCACUCACCUUUCCCUCGUCAGCGCCCCUGAAGUAGAGGAUGACUCUCUGGAGCGCAAGCGCCUUACCCGCAUCUCUGAUCCAGAGAAGUGGGAGAUCAAACAGAUGAUCGCUGCCAAUGUCCUUUCCAAAGAAGAGUUUCCGGACUUCGAUGAAGAGACUGGCAUUCUCCCUAAAGUAGAUGAUGAAGAAGAUGAAGAUCUUGAGAUCGAGCUGGUUGAGGAAGAGCCUCCAUUCCUGAGAGGGCACACCAAGCAAAGCAUGGACAUGAGCCCUAUUAAAAUCGUUAAGAACCCGGAUGGUUCCCUCUCCCAAGCAGCAAUGAUGCAGAGUGCCUUAGCCAAAGAAAGGCGGGAACUCAAGCAGGCCCAGCGGGAAGCUGAGAUGGAUUCUAUUCCCAUGGGGCUCAACAAACACUGGGUUGAUCCUCUGCCUGAUGCGGAAGGCAGACAGAUCGCUGCCAAUAUGAGGGGUAUCGGGAUGAUGCCCAAUGACAUUCCCGAGUGGAAGAAGCAUGCUUUUGGGGGCAACAAAGCUUCUUAUGGAAAAAAGACCCAGAUGUCAAUCAUUGAACAGAGAGAGAGCCUGCCCAUCUACAAACUGAAGGAGCAGCUGGUCCAGGCUGUUCAUGACAAUCAAAUCCUGAUUGUUAUUGGAGAGACAGGAUCUGGGAAGACAACGCAGAUCACCCAAUACCUGGCAGAGGCAGGCUACACUUCCCGGGGCAAGAUUGGAUGUACCCAGCCCCGAAGAGUAGCAGCCAUGUCGGUGGCCAAAAGAGUGUCAGAGGAGUUUGGUUGUUGCUUAGGCCAGGAGGUGGGCUACACCAUUCGGUUUGAGGACUGCACCAGCCCAGAAACAGUCAUCAAGUACAUGACAGAUGGGAUGUUGCUGCGAGAGUGCCUGAUUGAUCCCGACCUCACACAGUAUGCAAUCAUCAUGCUGGAUGAGGCGCACGAGAGAACAAUUCACACUGACGUGCUCUUUGGAUUGUUGAAGAAGACGGUUCAGAAACGGCAGGACAUGAAGCUGAUUGUCACCUCAGCCACAUUGGAUGCAGUGAAGUUUUCUCAGUACUUCUAUGAAGCUCCCAUCUUCACCAUCCCAGGUCGAACAUAUCCCGUGGAAAUACUGUACACAAAGGAACCUGAGACAGAUUAUCUAGAUGCCAGCUUGAUCACUGUCAUGCAGAUCCACUUAACAGAACCACCAGGUGACAUCCUCGUCUUCCUGACUGGUCAGGAGGAGAUCGAUACCGCGUGCGAGAUCCUAUACGAAAGAAUGAAAUCCCUGGGACCGGAUGUCCCGGAGCUGAUCAUCCUGCCCGUGUACUCUGCUCUCCCCAGUGAGAUGCAGACCCGAAUCUUUGACCCAGCCCCACCUGGCAGCAGAAAGGUCGUGAUUGCCACCAACAUCGCAGAGACCUCGCUGACCAUUGACGGCAUCUACUAUGUGGUGGACCCUGGGUUUGUGAAGCAGAAAGUUUACAAUUCCAAGACUGGCAUCGACCAGCUCGUGGUCACUCCAAUCUCUCAGGCUCAGGCAAAGCAGCGAGCUGGCAGAGCCGGGAGAACGGGCCCAGGGAAGUGUUACAGGCUGUACACAGAACGUGCCUACCGAGAUGAAAUGCUGACCACCAAUGUGCCGGAAAUCCAGAGGACCAACCUGGCGAGCACAGUGCUCUCUCUCAAGGCCAUGGGCAUCAAUGACCUGCUGUCCUUUGACUUCAUGGAUGCCCCUCCGAUGGAAACCUUGAUCACAGCCAUGGAGCAACUGUACACACUGGGGGCCUUGGAUGACGAGGGCCUGCUUACUCGCCUGGGCCGCAGGAUGGCAGAAUUCCCUCUGGAGCCAAUGCUGUGCAAAAUGCUGAUCAUGUCUGUGCAUCUGGGCUGCAGUGAGGAAAUGCUGACCAUUGUGUCCAUGCUGUCUGUGCAGAAUGUCUUCUACAGGCCCAAGGAUAAACAAGCCCUUGCAGAUCAAAAGAAAGCUAAAUUCCACCAGACUGAAGGGGACCACCUCACCCUGCUGGCUGUGUACAACUCCUGGAAGAACAACAAGUUCUCCAACCCCUGGUGCUAUGAGAACUUCAUCCAGGCUCGUUCGCUGCGUCGGGCCCAGGAUAUUCGCAAGCAGAUGUUAGGCAUAAUGGACAGACACAAGCUGGAUGUGGUCUCCUGUGGCAAGUCCACAGUCCGAGUGCAAAAGGCCAUCUGCAGUGGAUUCUUCCGGAAUGCUGCCAAGAAAGACCCUCAGGAGGGCUACCGGACACUGAUUGACCAACAGGUGGUCUACAUCCACCCUUCCAGUGCUCUCUUCAAUAGACAGCCAGAAUGGGUGGUGUAUCACGAGCUGGUACUGACCACGAAGGAGUACAUGCGUGAGGUCACCACUAUCGACCCCAGGUGGCUUGUGGAAUUUGCUCCAGCCUUCUUCAAGGUCUCCGACCCGACCAAGCUAAGCAAGCAGAAGAAGCAGCAGCGUCUUGAACCUUUGUACAACCGCUACGAGGAACCCAACGCUUGGAGAAUAUCCCGGGCCUUCCGACGGCGCUGAGAGGUGACACUUCUCUGUCUGCCUCUCCUGCAGUGGGGGCCCAGGGCUUGGACUCCCUUUUAUUGGUGAAAAGCUGGUCCUGAGGAUGCAGCCGUCCAGUGACUGGAUAUCUUUACUGGGCAUUUUCUAAACUUGAUUCUUAUUUCUUCCCUGGUGGUCAAAAUAGAAACAGGGAUUUACGCCUGGUUUGACCAGAGCCCCCAGCCCUGACCACCUCAAGGCACUGUGGCCAGCUGGGGCUCGCAGCCAGUAUGGGAGUACAUGGCAUCAUCUCCACAAAAUGGGCAACUCGUGGAGCCCUAAGAUGGGAAAACGGAGUUGCGAGCAUCUGACGCCCAGAUGUAGCGAGGGCCCUGACGCCCGAGCUGGGACUCUGGAGGAAGGGGCUGCGGAGCUCACGGACCGUGUUGGCCCCACUUCUGCCCCUGCCCAGCCCCUGUACUUUCGCUUAACCUCUUGGAAAUAUUUAUUUUCUUAAGGAAACAUAAAUGGUUUUCUGUGGCUGUUUCUUCUAGCUGAAAGGUUAGGAUAUUGGCCUGGGCCCAGGGUGGGGAGAUUUGUGGCUUUGGUGCACAUGGUGGAGAGUCCCCUGUAACCAGAGCUUGGGGCCUCUUUGGGCUCGGAGGUGACGCAUAGCCCAAGCCUGCAGUCGUAUCUCUUGACACCCGCACGAGCCCGGUGUGGCUGCACACGGUCCCAUGAUUAACCACAUCCACUGCCCCAGUCUGGGCGCCUGAGUGGUUACAGAUGCAGCAUGUGGAAUACAGAAGGCUCUCCUGGCUUCCUCCGCUGCACACCACACAAUGUGCAGCGUGUCCUUUUUCCUUUUGAAACAUGCAAGGGACGUCACAGCUUUUGUUUUGUUUUUUGUUUUUAUUCCCCCUCCCCCCGCCCAGGUCCUCGAUGGGCUUUAACAAAGGGUUUUUAUGGUCAAAGCCUCUCGUCCCCCCACCACAAACAGAAAACCCACCGAACCCCUUUCAGAGUCAGCUUGCUGUUGCUGAGUGGGUUUCUUGUAGCGUUUGGUUGGGGAAUAGCCACCUCCCAGUGCCCCUGUCAUGGCUCCCAAGGAAGCUCUUGACUUUGAAGGACAUCCCACAGAUGCUGCCAGGCCAGGUUGUUUCCAGAGCUUCUGGAAAGCUGGUCUGGAUGUGGAGCUUGUAGGGAAGCCCCUGGGGGGUUGGACACCUCGUAUAGAACUACUGACUUGUCCACCAGAUGCUGAGUUUAUGACAUUCUAGGAUGUGAAAGAAUGUAGGCUAUUGUUGGGCGGCAAACUGACCACCCUAAAGACGAUUCAGAGAGAAUCCAGCAGAGAAGAGCACAGGCCAGGGAGUCUGCUGACUGAGAUUCCCACCCCUUCCUUGAGUUGAGCGAGCGCCUCCAAUUCUGUUUGCUCCUGGGAAGCCCUGGCCAGUAAUUAAGGGCAGGGGAUCUUUGUGUGUUCACCUUUAAGGCCUUACGGGGAGAGAGAGGCAGGGAUCUACAGAGGAGGAGGCCGAGAGCAAAGCAGGGGCUGGGCACCCAGCUCCCCAGUCUCUAAGAACUCCCUCCGGGCUUGGCAGCCUGCCUGCCCCAGCUGAGCGCCCAGCACCAAAGACAUUGGCACCUAGGAGAUGGUUAUGGCCCUGGGGGCAGGGUGGGGAGGUUUGGGAUUGAAGCUGAGGUUGAGAAGGACAUGUUCCACAGGCAAAGGUGAGAGACAGCAGGGCUAGCCAUCUCCUGUGGGUUAGGUGAGCAAAGGACCCUGGCUCUGUGGGUGUUCCUUAAACAACUGUCCCAAGAGCUGUCUCUCUGCUAUGUCAAGGUGGUUGAUGUCUGACCUUUGGACCGGCCAUCAGGAAACAGCAUGUCGGCAGCAUCGCUGAGCCUGCUCAGAGGGAGAUGGGCCAGAUUGGGAAGAACUUGCCCGCUGCUCCCACACAAUGGGGCCCUUGUUUCUCUUCCUCGAAACAAUAUUUCCCGAGAUUGAGUGACGGGUCAGGAGAGGAUGUGGGUCUCCUGCAGGGAGCUGGAAUCUUCUAGGCCAUUCACCCCACCCCGCAGGAGCCUAGCUCAGGGAUUUCCUGCCCCUGUGCACGUGCUGAGUCUGUGCUUGCAUACGUGGGGGGGGGAGCAUCCCCGUGGGGCUCGUGUAAACUCUACCGCUGGGUCAGGCUCCUCGGUCUAGGGUUUACCUUCAUCCAGUCCGGAGCUUGAUUUCCCCUGGUGGUUGCUAAAAGCUGCCUCCUCUAAGCAGUGGCCCUCCAAGGUUAAGGAUUUGAACAAAGAGCUGUGAGGAGUGACUUGUUAAUAAACAUUUCAGAGGGUA